GUCGGGGUACUUCAGGGCUUUGUAAGGAGAGUGAUGGCAUCAGCCCCUUUCCCAGAUGGGGAAACUGAGGCACGGUGGUGGAUUGGCUCCAAAGGUGCAUUUGGGUAUGAGGAGUGCUCAUCAUUUCUGCUCACAGACGCAAAAGCUGGGGGGUUUGCUGAGGGGCAGAUGGGCUGUAUCUCAAUAAAUACUUCUUCAUCCCUGUUUCCCUGUUGUGGUUCUGCGGGUGGGGCUGGCCCCUCCGUUUUUGUCAUCUGAGUGGUGCCCUGAAGCUUUUAGGAGGGAAUUAGAGUUAAUUGCGGUUCUUGAUGAUGUGCACAAAGCAAACAGCUGAAAGCUGGGGAAAUGUCAGGGCCGUGCUGUGGGCAGCUGCCGCAGAAUGGGGCGGUGUGGGUCGGGGUCAGCCCGUGCAUCCCCCCACCAGGUGCAAGCGACGCAUCCCAACUGCUCCAUCGUCCUCUACUUCCAAGAGCGAGAGGUUGAGUGCCUGCAGGCCAUCAGGAGCGAGAGCCAAACACAAUCCCCCAGUGGGCAGCGAGGCUGCCGGACAGCGUGGGACGGGGUGAGCUGCUGGCCAGCCAUGCCUGUGGGUCAGUCCUACGCUGUCACCUGUCCUGAUGUCCCCCGCAUCUUCAAGAAGUCCAAAGCGCUGAUCCAUAGGAACUGCACUGAGGUGGGAUGGAGUCCCCCCAGCCCACCCUACUACAGCGCCUGUGAGCUGGAGGCUGCUGGGAGCAGCAACAACACUGAGGCCAAGAGAGGCUACUUCAUCACCAUGAAGGUGCUCUACACCUGUGGCUACUCCACGUCCCUGGCAGCCCUGUUCCUGGCCAUUGGCAUCUUCUCCUGCUUCAGGAAGCUGCACUGUACCAGGAACUCCAUCCACAUCCACUUCUUCACCUCCUUCAUCCUACGUGGAGCUGCUGUGCUCAUCAAGGACGCCGUCCUCUUCUCUGAUGAGUCUGUUGACCACUGCACCAUGUCGACGGUGAAGUGCAAAGCAUCCAUUGCCUUUGUGCAGUAUUCAGUGUUGGCCAACUUCUACUGGCUGCUGGUGGAGGGCAUGUACCUGCAGACCCUGCUGCUGCUCACCUUCACCUCUGAACGGAGCUACAUCUGGUGGUACAUCCUCAUUGGAUGGGGUGUCCCCAUGUUGACGGUGUGUGUGUGGGUGGCCACCAGGCUGCAGUACGACAACCAUGGCUGCUGGGAUGACUACAGCAGUUCCUACUGGUGGGUGAUCAAGGCUCCCAUCCUCCUGGCCAUAUUUGUAAACUUCCUCAUCUUCCUCAACGUCACCAGGAUGUUGGCGCAGAAGAUCCGGUCCCCAGACAUCAGCAAAAACUACAAGCAACAGUACAUGAGGCUGACCAAGUCCACGCUGCUCCUCAUCCCCCUCUUUGGGGUGCACUACGUGGUCUUUGCACUCUUCCCUGAGCACAUUGGUGUGGAUGCCCGGCUGUACUUUGAGCUGGUCCUCGGUUCCUACCAGGUGCAGAUGUGGGGAGAUGGGCAGCUGAAAUCCCACCCCAUCCCACCAUAAGCUUUCCCAUCCCCAUCCCUUCCCAUCCCCAUCCUUUCUCAUCCCCAUCCCUUCUAUCCCAUCCCAUCACUUCCUACCCACCCCUUCCUUCCCAUUCCAUGCUAUCCUAUCACAUCCUUUCUA